AUGUCAUUUUGGCCAUUUUCGAAUUCGUUCAACAGCAACAGCAAGUUGCGAAAAGUAUUGGACCAGAUAGUGGACUUGUCGAAGACUACUGUGGACGAUUUUCUUCUGGAUCCGGAAAUUCUGCAAGAACUCGUGAGUGAGCUUCAUAGUAUCAAAGCAUCAUACAAUAAUCGAAAAAAUAAUGUGCUCCAAUUGCAGCUGCAACGGAACCAAGAUAGCAAUUGGAACGGAUCUGAUCUGAUUUCCGUGACUUCCUCUACCAAUGAAAACUCAAGUAAUCGAGAUGGACAGGGUGCCAAGUUGUUGGAGAUUCUUUUGGAACCACAUAUUCUUACUGGAUUUAUGAACUAUAUUGUCGACAGUGUGGAGUUUUUCAAUCACCUAAACAAGCACCGGGAACAAGAACAAGUGGAAAAGACCACAAAUCUUACGGACCAAGUGAUGGUAGAGCAAGCGGAAGUGACAGAUAAAAGUGGAGACGAAGAACAAGACGAAGAAGAGUCAGAGGAAGACAGAAUACGCCGCUGCAUCCUGGUGUCGUCGGAAAUUUUAUCGGUAGACCUUUGGCUCAUUUCGAACCGCAUUAUAGAAACUCCAGUUAUCAUGGAAAAGCUUUGGCUGAUCCUAUACAUCCCCCACCUCAGCGACAGCUUGCCCACGGUGACUUAUCUUGUGCAUAUUUUGGAUCAGCUCAUGGACACAAAUAGCAUUGAACUCCUCAAUUUUGUUCGUCGACAGCCUGACUUGGUCGACAUGUUUUUGUCGAUGAUCGAAGUGCCUAUGAUUAUGGAUUUUUUUCUUCGUAUUAUCCAAACCGAUAAGGCUGAGUCGCCCACCGGCAUCAUAGAAAAUUUGGCUCAGCAGAACCUCAUUCCCAAAUUGAUUAGUAUACUCAAACCGCAUCCGUCUCAGUUUGAAGCUAGUUGUGAGAUUCCAAACCAUGAGCUUUUUUUCCGCCAAACUGCCGCUGCCGAUUUCAUGCGUGCUUUGGUGACAAUCUCCUCCAAUACUGCUUUGGCAACAGUCCUUGAAACGAACAUUGGUCCUAAUUUGCUCACCCACGAGCUAGUAUCUCCUACGAUAAUCAAGACUAUGAUCAACGAUAUCAUGCUCUAUCAACCUCCUACGGGUCUGACUCGCAACGGUUCGAAAACCAACAAGCACGGGAUAAAUAAUUGCGUCGGAAUCAUCAUCGAGAUAAUUCGAAAAAACAAUUCAGACUACGACUUGAAUUGCGGAUCUUACAGCUCUUUGUUACAAAAUACCAAUGGAGAUGGCCCCACGGAAGUCAAUUCAUAUGUAAUGUUCCAAUGGCUUAAAGACUUUGAACAAAACCCGCCCGGCCCUCGUGAUCCCAUCUACUUGGGCGAGAUGUUGGCUAUCUUUUCUGACCAUCUUGAAGAUUUUGUGAGCUUGAUGGAUACAGCAGAGGAAGAGCCAAACAAGUUGGGUUUCACAAGGUUCAAGGUUGCGGAAUUGGUGGCCGAAUUGCUUCAUUGCAGUAACAUGAUUUUGCUCAACAGUAAGAAGAUUCGAAAGAUAAUGAAGGUACGAGAACAUGUCAGGUUUCAACGUGAUAGAAGACUCAAGAAAGCUCUUAAGGAAAGUCUCCCGACUUCUGUUGAUCAUAAGGAUGGCGCUGUAGACGCCUUGGCUUCGGGUCUUGAUGAUGUUUCUCUCUUUGACUUUAAAAUUGACGACGAUGAAGAUGCCUUGAUAAUCAGCGACCUACUUUCCUCGCUUGACGAAGAUGUUUCUGACGACGAUGAGCCUGUAAUAUCGCCGGAAGAACCUUUUGUUUGCAAGAAACGAGAUCUUGAGACCAGAAAGGAUCCAUGUGUCGGCGACUACUUUAAAAUCAAGCUAACGGACCUGAACAUCGUGCUGCAAAUUAUCGGCAACUUCACCAAGUUUCCAUGGCACAAUUUUUUCCAUAAUGUGGUGUUUGACUUGAUCCAGCAGGUUUUCAAUGGAAAACUCAACUCCUAUAACUCGUUCAUUAUCGUGGACUUAUUUCGUCCCGAAAAGCACAAUCUUACAAAAAUGGUUGUGGAUGCAUACCGUGAUGCUGGCGAACCUCGACCCGGUUAUAUGGGUCACCUUAUUCUCAUUAGUGAAGAAAUCGUCAAAUUUACUUCACUCUACAAGCCUGACUUGAUCUCGCCGGUAAUAGUGAGUGCUGUGAGCACACCAGAUUGGGAGUGGUUUGUCGGCGAUGUUCUACUCAAGACCAGAGAACUGUACAAUGUUGUACUAGGAGCCGAAUCAGAAGAGGGAACUACCGCUGGAAAUGACGAAGACGAGAACGAAUCGUAUGGGUUUGAUUCCUCUACUGUGGGGUACAUUGAUUUGGGAGCAUACGAAGGAAAGGCCAAGAAAAGUGCUAUAUUGCUUGGAGACCGAACGAACCACGACUUAUUUAUUAACGAAGAAGGACAUGACAUAGAAGAUGAAACAAUUGAUCAUCAAGUUCCUGACGUUGGAAGAAUGUCGCCUGGGAACCUUGCGACGAUGAACGACGAGCUCGAAGGCGAUGAGGACACAUCUCGAGAUUACGACGAUGUGGAGAACCUUUCUGGAUCCGACUCGUCAGACGACGAAGAGGACGAUGGAAAUAAGUUGCGGCGGGUACCAAAGCAUAAUGAAUAG